GUGUGCGCUUCGAUUGCUGCAAAUGUGAAAUUAACUUCCAUCUUUAAAGCGUCGAAAAUCUGUGGUUUGAUGUCACGUAGAAAAUCUAAGCAGCAAAUCGAACGAGAAUACAAAAGAAGAUUUGUUCCAGCAGGAGGCAACAUGCAGCAAGAACAACAGCAAUCGGGCUCGCCAAACAACCGCGAAAGGGAAGAGGAAAAUGUCAGUGCCACUGUUGCAGCUGCAGCAACGUCGGCAGAGCCUCCGCAGCAGCAACCGGAACAAGUACAACAGAUCGGCCUGACGAAGUUUAAUAUUCCUAUAAAACAGGAAGAUACCGAUAUGGCGAACGUGCCACAGGACAUCACGAGCCACGAAGCUACAUUUUCCAGCGAAAUUUCCAAGUUUAGGAAGCACUUGUUGAAAAAGCCAGGCACGUCGGCGGAACGCAAAAAAAACGAAAAGGAGCGCAAGGCGCGCCAAAUGCGCCGUCUGCGCAAAUGGCUUAUCCCUAAGAACGCAAUUGUCGCUCUGCAUGAGCUGCAGGGUCCAGGUAUGACGGAGUUCGUGAUCAACACUGUCGGUCACCUAACGAAGGCGGAAAUAGUCAUAAACAAUGUAAAGUACGAGGCGAUGGGAUCCAGCAAGAAUCAAGCGAAGGCAAAAGCAUGCGAGAAGGCUCUGCGCGAUCUGGCGAUAUCGCAGAUGAACCGCGUGAAGCAGCAGCAGGAGGCGAAGGCGGCCAGCAAAACAGUGCCGCCCACUCCCCCACCUGCUCCAACGAUGAGUGAAACCGAACCUGACGGCGAAUCGAGCUUGCAUGACUCGGAAAUGGACGUCGACGAAAGUGGCGAAACGGACGACUUACCCAUGGAGCAUUUGGCUGCGUUCGCGCUGCACAAAUUGUUCUCCGAAUGGGAAAACGAAGGGUUCGAGGUGCCGACACUAAAGCCACAGAAACCCAAACUGGUGGCGCCACCGGUUGAGACAGGCAUAGUUGGCCAACCGUCAAUGCCGAAGGUUACAAAAACGAUAGCUGAUUUACCGGCUGAUGCCUCCACCCGCCAUCCAACGGUACUGUUUGCAUAUAUGCGCCCGCAGGUCGCAUACCAGGAUCUCGGAUCGAACGACGAUCCACUGAACCGAGAGUUUACCGCUGGCAUUUCUGUCGACGGGAAGGAGUUCAUCGGUCGGGGUCGCUCAAAAAAGCUUGCCCGAAAAGCAGCCGCUAUCGAUGCCUGCAAAACACUGUUUGGUGUUGAGUUCGAUAGUAGUGUUCUACAAGCGUAAGCAUCGAUUAUCGCUAAUUCGAUAGACGAUCGUUAAAUUUUGGAAUGAGUGUAAAAGUUCUUUAGUUAAUUUAAUUUAAUUAAUUAUCAAUUUCAACAUACUAAGCAAAAAGUAAAAUUAAGCUACUUGUCAUAAUCUUUCAUUGAAUUCGACCAAAGCGGAGGAAUAUAGUAAUGUCGUUAACUACUUACUUUCGUAAAAUAAGGCAUGGGUUUUCUUUUUAUUGACAAUAUACUUUUGUUUGGGGGUCAGUGGCAAUGGUUAUGCCGGUGUGGGUUUGAAUUACAACCGGGACCGUAGCAUAUCCUAUAAAUAGGACUGACUAUCACCGUACGCAACGGUGACAAGCCUAGUAAGAUCUUAAACAGGCAUGGCCGAAGAUGGUCGCUACAUUAAUAAAGAAGAUUCUUUUGUUUGAUCUUUAAAAUCUUUUGAUGUUUGCAGAGGUUCAUCCAAAUUCUAAAAUCCGUUAUAUUUUUAAAUACACGAAACGCAAUAGAACCACGAAACGCAAUAGAGAAUUAUUUGCAGAUUGGCUAAUGUAAAAUAUUUAUUCAGAUAUUAUUUCUUUGUGAAUCGGUAACUACACGUAAGAAGAGAACCCUUUUGGCUUUAAAUUAAAAGCAACAAAGAUCGAUUGCCAUUAACCUUUAACUAUUUCCAGAUACUUAAAUACAUAUAAUUCAAUGCGUUAAAACUACAUUUGUAAAAAGGUCAAAGCUUGCAGAAUUUACCAUGACAAAGUUCUAGAAAAAACGAAAGACAGCGAAUGCUAAUCGAAAUUCGUGAGUAAUCCGAAGUUUUAGACACUUUUAUCAGUGUGCGACUUGCAAUUUAAAUUUUAGCGUUGGGGAAGCGAUGAUCAAAGAUGAAUUUCAAUAAAUAUUAUAUGUAAUAAAAUGCUAGCUCUCUUUAGUUUUCGUCACGAUUCAU